AUGCGACCUUUAAUUAAGACCGAGACUGUAGAUGGUGGUCAAGGGGGAGUCCAGCAAGUUACUACCCACAUCGUUCCUUAUUCCCCUACUGAUUUGGCUAAAAUUCAGGAAACAUAUUCCCAGGGACCCCAAGAAAAGGAAACUGAGUAUGUAUGGAGAGCAUCUCUUACCGGGGGUGACUGUAUCUUGCUGAGUGAGGAUGAGGCAAGAGGGUAUUGGGGAUUGGGGAUUUUUAUAACCACAAAUGACAACAGAGAGCCUUGGUCCCUGACCCAAAGGGUAGCAUAUUGGGCAGAUGGACUGGAUCCUAUGGAAAGGGGAGACCCCUUCUUGAUUAAAACGCCUACGGCAGGUCACAUUUUAGAGAGCGUACAGAAAACUGCAUGUCUCCAGUUGAUGCAUGACCGAUUACUGGUUCCACAACAGCCCUCUCCCACGCAAUAUGUGGCAGACCCCGACAGGUUGCACCCUCUUAUAAGGGGACUACCUUAUGCCUUGAAAUUAUAUGUGGUGCAACUAAAAGAUCGGUUGAGGGCACCCCGACCCCAGAGAAGGGGAGGUCCCCCAGAGAUAACAUGGGGAGAAGUAGCACAGGAAUUGAUUAAUUACGGGGGACAAAUGGGAUUUACCGGUCUGGGAGAGACAAAAUCCAAGGCGGACCUUAGAAGGGUGGAAGGGAACGGGGGAAUAAAAGCUACGCCCUCGCACAAUCCUCGACCCACCCCGGCGAGGCCAACGCAACCGCCUGAUAAUAGAAGAUACAUACCAUGGGCAGAGGGCAUUUCAAAAGGGAUUCCCAGGGAGGUGAUGAACGGGUUGCCCACUCCCAAACCGGAAAGUUUGGUGAAAAGCUGGGACAAAAUAAAGGGAACCCCAUCUCUCUCAGACCCCAAGGAUCUUCCUCUCCUAUCCCGGGAACCUGGAAUAAUAACCCCAUCUGCACCCCGGGAGACUGACUUGAUCGAUUUGAGCAUCCCCGAGUUGGGAAACCCCCUCUGCUGUCCCCAGUCAGUGAGCCGAGGGACGGCCGGUGGAUCUAUUUAA